UGCUCUCUGCCCCUGCUGCUAUCCAGUUCUCCUCCCACCCCCGUCCUUCCCACCCCAUCUCUCUCUCUCUCUCUCUGUCCGUUCCUCUGUCUCUGUCCAGCUCUCUUCUGCGCUAUUUCUUCUUACCUCGUUCGUUUUCUUGUUAAACCCUUCAAACCCAGUUUGUAAAUUACAAGCUUUAAGCUUGAUUGAUUCUUUUAUUAUUAUUGUUUUUCCUUUUCUUUUUUCCUUUAUCUUGGGGGGGUGGGGUUUGAAUCAUGAGGAGAGGGAGAGGAGCCCCGUCUAGAAAAACUGUUGCCGUUGAGACGCCCGGAGUACCGGAUACAGCAGGAUCUGCUUUGAGAAAUACAGGCACGGAGCCACGGUACCGGGGCGUGAGAAAGAGACCGUGGGGUAGAUUCGCAGCCGAGAUCAGAGACCCAUGGAAAAAGACUCGCGUCUGGCUCGGCACCUUCGACUCCGCCGAGGACGCCGCCCGAGCCUACGAUGCCGCGGCUCGCAACCUCCGGGGCCCGAAAGCCAAGACCAACUUCCCUCUCUCCCCCUCCUCGUAUUUCUCUCCGCUAAAUCCAAACCAGAGCCACCUCAACCACCAAAACUGUGCGCUUUUGGAUCACCACCGCUUGUACGACAUGAACGAUGGGUUUCAGGAGCACCAGAUUGUUGAUCCCCAGAGGCCCGCCUCAAGCAGCAUGAGCAGCACGGUCGAGUCCUUUAGUGGGCCCAGGCCGCUGCCGCUACAGUCCGCACGGGCUUUUGCUGCGGCCCCGAGGCGACAUCCCAAGCCACCCAUGUUGAUCCCGGAGGAUUGCCACAGCGACUGUGAUUCGUCGUCUUCAGUGGUCGACGACGACGUUGAUAUCGCGUCGUCUUCAUGCCGGAAGCGUCCCCUGCCUUUCGAUCUCAAUUUCCCACCACCACAGUUGGAUGAGGUUGACUUUGUGGGAGAUGAUCUCCGGUGCACAGCUCUUUGCCUCUAAUUAUCACGGUGGUAAUGAUGGUGGCCUUGGUUUUUCCUUUAAUUUUUGUUGGUUCUCUCUUUUUUUCUUUUUAAAUGCGAAAAAAAGAAGAAAUUAUGAGAUAAGAUUAUUACAGAGCGAUCCGAAUUUCUACGAGAUUAUCACCUUGUCCGUUUUAGCAUAAAUGUUGCUCUUAUUUUUAUGAGAUGGGGGGUUCCUCACCCACCUCUUACAGAUCCAUCCCUGUGUAAAGAGUUAUUAAUCUACCAUCUAAUUUAGUUCUGCUAAAAA